UUUUUUUUUUUUUUUGCUUCUUCUCAUUCUUUGUCACAACGUCUCUCUUCUUUUCGGAACAAAACCUACGCAACUUUUGGUGGGGGAGAUAUCUACGAAUCUACUUUUGAAUUUGUGAAUGAUUUGAUAGAUCCUUAACCUCUUUCUUGGUGUGUUGCUCUGGAACUUGAUGUUCUCCAACCGAGUCGGCGUGUUAUAAGGUUACUUUGUCGGCACAGAGUGAUAGAGAGAGAUCUGUUUGUGUAGGCAUUCAUCAAUUUCCCUUUUGUUUUUUGGGAUCCAAGCGUAAACGGGGAAUUUUUCAUUUUUCAUUCUGAAUGCUUGUUAGUUUGUUUUUGUUUUUUUUCUUAAAAUUUUAUUUGAAAAAGAGCAUUUUUGAUCUGGGUUUCAACAAAAGCUGAGAUUUUCUCCGAAACGUGGACACAUUGAUCUUUUGGGUGUUGAUAAAAGUUGAAAUCUUCCAAAUUGGUGAGGAAACUGGCGAGAUCACAAGCGAUCGUGAAAUAUCUGAAGCUAAAAACAGCAAGAAGAAGCAUGGCUGCCACAGGGAACGGGCCAUUGAUACCAAUCCUAGGUUUCCUUACAUGUGUGGCUUUUAUCUAUCUCUCCUUUGGAGAUUUGUGGUUCGACUACAAAGGGGAGGCCGAGUUAGGGUUCGUGAGACGGAACGGGACACAAUUCGUGGUGGAUGGUAAGGCUCUGUAUGUGAAUGGGUGGAACUCGUACUGGUUCAUGGACCACGCCGUCAAUGAUCAUAGCAGGCACCGUGUCGGUGCUAUGCUUGAAGCUGGAGCCAAAAUGGGUCUCACUGUUUGUAGAACCUGGGCUUUCAAUGAUGGAGGCUACAACGCUCUCCAGAUCUCUCCUGGCAGAUUCGAUGAGCGAGUCUUCAAGGCCUUGGAUCAUGUAAUCGCAGAGGCAAAAACACAUGGUGUUAGGUUGCUUCUUAGCUUAGUGAAUAACUUACAAGCGUAUGGAGGGAAGACUCAGUACGUCAACUGGGCAUGGCAAGAAGGUGUCGGUCUCAGCUCCUCCAAUGAUUCAUUCUUCUUUGACCCAUCUAUCCGCAGAUACUUCAAGAACUACCUCACGGUGCUACUCACCCGCAAAAACUCGAUAACAGGGAUCGAGUACAGAAACGACCCUACAAUUUUUGCGUGGGAGUUGAUAAACGAGCCUCGCUGCUUGUCUGAUAUCUCUGGGGAUACCCUCCAAGACUGGAUUAACGAAAUGACAGCAUUCAUAAAAACGAUUGACAAGAAGCAUCUUCUAACGGUAGGCUUGGAAGGGUUCUACGGCCCCAAGAGCCCAAAACGGCUGACAGUUAACCCAGAAAGGUGGGCUUCUGAGCUUGGGUCAGAUUUUGUUCGCAACUCUGAAUCGCCAAACAUUGAUUUUGCAUCGGUUCAUAUCUACCCUGAUCACUGGUUUCACGAUCAGGGGUUUGAAGAAAAAGUAAAGUUUGUGGUGAAAUGGAUGCAAUCUCACAUUGAAGACGGGGACAAGGAACUGAAGAAGCCAGUCCUGUUCACGGAGUUUGGGCUCUCGAACCUGAACAAGGACUAUGAGCCGUCGCAGCGGGAUCGGUUCUACAGGACGAUAUUUGAUGUUGUAUACAAAUCAGCCAAGCGGAGGAGGUCUGGUGCAGGAACUCUGGUGUGGCAGUUGCUCAUACAAGGCAUGGAAGGCUUCAAUGAUGACUUUGGGAUUGUGCCUUGGGAACAAGAUUCCAUCCAGAGGUUAAUGAUGGAGCAAUCUUGCAGAUUGAUUCGGGUCACAGGACGCCACCAUCUUCAGGACAAGAAGUCGAGAGAUAUGUGUUCCCAACACAAACCAUAA